ACUAGAAAAGAACAAAAAAAUUAAAAAAGAAAACAAAAGGAAUUUCUAAGUGAAUUUAGAAAACAGAAAAAUUGAGAAUAAAGAAAAAACACAAAUUGGAAAUUUUAAAACGAAGAUUUAAGAAAAAAAGAAAUUUACAAAUUUUGCGGUAGCUCCACGACUAAAUUUAGUUGAAUUUGAGAUUAUUGCCAUCCUGUGAAGAGCUGAAGCAAUAUGUCCUACUCCCUGCUAGUCUCUAUGGCCUUACUGCUCGUUUGCAGUCUUAUAUUGCCCUCUCUAGUGACGGGUCAUGGUCGCCUCAUGGAUCCUCCUGCCCGUAAUGCCAUGUGGCGUUUCGGUUAUCCAAAUCCUGUCAACUACAAUGAUAACGAACUGUUUUGUGGUGGUUAUGCCGUUCAAUGGGAACAGAAUAAGGGAAAUUGUGGAGUGUGUGGUGAUGCGUAUCAUCUGAAGACGCCACGACCACACGAAGCGGGAGGAGAGUAUGCCAAAGGCAUUAUUUCAAGAUAUUAUGCUGCUGGUCAGGAAAUCGAUGUCGAAGUUGAAUUGACCGCUAAUCAUUAUGGACGUUUCGAAAUGUUUUUGUGUCCCAACAAUAAUCCCCGCAAGGAAGCCACUCAAGAGUGUUUCGAUCGUUAUCCUCUGUACAUCUCUGGCAGCAGGGAACAUCGUUUCUUGAUACCUCGUGAUACCAAAAAGAAGGAUAUUUUCCGUUAUCGUGUGCGCUUGCCACCCUAUGUGACCUGUACACAAUGUGUAUUGCAAUGGACCUACUAUACGGCGAAUAUGUGGGGUACAUGUUCAAAUGGUACUGAAGCUGUGGGAUGUGGCAGGGCUGAAACUUUCCGCAACUGUGCUGACAUUGCCAUUGUUUCCAACACCGGCGGCGGUCUGCCACCACUCUUUGUUAACAAAAAGAAUCCCUAUCUUCUGUACUACAGAGAUUACAGAGCACCCGAAGAGAGCAAUGUCUUUCCCCUUAUUGUCAGAGAUCAAAAAUGUAUUGCAUCACCUGCCUUCAGGGUCUUGCCGGGCAUGGAUAAUUGGUGUGAGACCAAUUGUUUGCGUUAUCCUCCCAAUUGUCCUGAAUCAGCUUGUCAUUGUCCUCAAGAAUGUGUUGCCAUUGGUGAAUUGGAGGGAAAAGAAGGUGCCGACACCUAUUGCAUGGAUGAAUGUCUCAAUUAUGAAUCGGUUUGCCCCACUGAUAAAUGUCGCUGCUUCUAGAGUCUUAUUUCAUGGGAAACCUAAAGAAAAUCUGGCAUUUUCUUUAAGUGGUUUCCUAUAGUCGCCCUUGCAACCCCUUACACCCCCUACCCCCCAGGACAAGUUAUAAACUGUGUAGUAGAUUAUUUUAACAGCUGUGCUUCGAACUCUGUGCCCAUUUUUGAAAUUUUAAAUAAAUAUAUAUGAAAUUUA